AUGACCACGCGGCAGCUUCUCGUCCUUGCAGAUAAAGGAUGGACUGAUACAGUUGCUAUUGCGCUCCAUGUCAUUGGAGGUCUUGUCUCACCUCUUCAAGCCUUACUUCUUUCCUCGAGGACGAUCAAGGUCGUAGGAGACCUCUCUCAUACGGAAAUCUUCGACAUCUUCACGGGCGGAAAUGCGAGAUGGGCCAUAAUAGAUGGCAUCACUACGAGCCCUUUGACACUAGAUGAUCUCUCAGGCAAGACUAUUUCGGUGCUGAGCGCAGCCUCCGGAGCCAGGAAGACGUUAGCCAGUCUCUCUUCCAUGUCCGAUCCGUUUCUCUGCCCGUUGCCUAUGGGAUACAACACCGGAAUCCUUCGUCGGUUUGCGCCUCGCUUAAACUCCAGCGCGGAAGUUACUUAUAUGCAGCCUUCGGACUUUCCCUCGAAUUGCUCCGCGCCUAAUUAUGGCCUUCAAACUCAGUACAGUGGUGCCGGGUGGGGCGUAGAAGCCUGUGCUCCCGACUUCACCGAAGUACUCUACCUCAACGUGACUCUCAAGUGCGACGAUCUCUAUACCAAAAUUUCACAGAGUGAAUCAAGGGACUGGUGCUUUGGUACGACCCUCCUAGAAAUCACAGCACGCAUGAGGGCGGGCUGGUUUGAGCUACCAAACUACAUAAACGCGGGAGUACCAGGCCCGCUGCAGGCCAAGGAUCCAAUCGGGCUAGAUUACGGAUCUGUAAAGCAAACAAGGUACUCAAAGCGCGACCUCGUCUACGCAACCCUGAACGGAAACCUAGAGGCACUGCAAAACCCUGGCCCCCUCCUAAUCAUGGCAUGGGCAAUCUUCGCAGCACCCAGCUCCUACAUGGCAACAUGUACCAUUGCAUUGAACGACGCAGAGUUUAUAAACCAUACUGAUGCAAUCGAUAUCGACUUUUGUUCGCUGCCGCCUCUCUGGAACCUCCUAUAUAGGGACUUUACCCUUACUGUCGACCCGAUCCAAACAUGGUACCCGGGCACCAGGCGGGACUGGAGCUCCUUUGUCGACUGGUUGAUGAUUUUGAAUAGCAAAAAUGGAACCAAAAUUUCGACGCUCAAUAACGCGUUCACUGGCGGCCUGUUCCUUGCCAAUGAAGUGUGGAUGGAACGCGUCCAGAGUCAAACGGUGACCGUGUACUCGGAUCCUGGACAGGAUACGGUGAUGCCGAAUAUAUCCCUCGGUGGGAUGGUUGUUAUAUCGACGUUGCUGGUUAUAUAUCUUGUUGCACUGCUGUCGAUCGCGACCUAUGCGGCUGUCUUGCCAAGGUGGACGGAGUCGAUGAAUGGGUUUGCGAUGAUGAGGAUUGGCUCGAUUGCUGAAAAAGCUCCCCUGCUCGUCACAUACCGAGAAGAUGAUAUCUCUGCAUUGGAUGACACACCAGGAUGGAUUGGCGGCUCGCCAGUAGAAGAUCAGCAAGAGGUAGAAGGCGAGAAGGAUGCUUCUACCAGCGUAGCGACACUUCAGCUAGGUGCCUCAUGCAGACUUCGGGCUAAGUAG